AUGGAUUUUAAUAGUGUAACAAUGAAUCGAGAGAUGCAGGACUUAUCUGAGGCUUUAGCUCGAAAUGCUCAUGAAAUGUGGGCAAGAGAGUUAAAAGUUUGCCUUGUUGCAAUUGGUGGUGGUCUUCAUCCUCGACUCGUUCCUUACGAAUUAUUAACUGAUACGGAAAAACAAAAGGAUCUAAAAUUCUAUCAAGAUCUUAUUAAAUAUCUUUAUAUAUGUGGUUAUCAUGUUGUCAAAAAUGCAUACGAAAGAGAUUCGGGAAAUAGUGCUCUAACGCGUCGUAUAGCUUCAUCAACACCAUCAUUAAUCAAUGAAAAACGUUUUGCAUAUAGUUUAUUAGAAAAACUACUUGAAUAUGUCGAACGUGCUUCAUCAACAAUGCAAAAUUAUAAAGAAAGUUCAAGAUUUUCAUUACAUGAAACAUAUCGUUUAACAACAAAUGAUGUGAAGUUUUUCGGAAAAGUUGUUUUACCACUUAUUGAAAAAUAUUUUCGAGCACAUCGAGAUUAUUUUAUCACACCAUCAUCAUUAAAAACUGGUAUUGGUUAUGCAUCUGUUAAAGAAAAAGAAAUGUGUUGUAGUUUAUUUUGUAAAUUAACAUUUUUACUUCGACAAAAAUUCAGUGCAUUUGGAAAUGAUGUUAAUAUAACUGUUCGGUGUUUAAAAGUACUUGUACGAGCAAUUGAUGUUAGUUCGGUUAUGAAAAAUAGUCAAGAAAUGGUUCGUGCUUCAUUAUUACCAUUAUUCAAUAAUAUAGCAGAAGAUCUUAAUCAAACUCUACAGAAUUUAAAACUAAAUCGUUUUAGUAAUAUUAAAGGAACUUUACAACGUGGUACAACAAGUUUAGCGUAUAUACAUAUGGUUUUAUUACCUGUACUUUAUUCAAUGUUUGAUCAUCUCGGAAAGAAUAAUUAUGGUGUUGAUUUAUUCGAAAAUGAAAUUCAAUUAGCUGGUUAUAAAAUUUUAAUUUCUCUGUGGACCAUUGGAACACAAGGAACACAAUUUGUGGAUCGACAAUGGAUUAUUGAAGAAUUAAAUCGCUAUCGUCCAUUACUUGGCGAUUGUUUAAGUUCAUUUGCUUCAUGUUUUCCUGUCGCAUUUUUAGAACCGGAAUUCAGUGUGAAUAAUAAACAUGCAACAAAUAUUGCACAAUUAUCACCAGAAGCUAAUGAUAUUAUGAUAAAUAUUUCGAAUACAAUUUCUCAUUUAACAAAAGUAAUUGGUGAUAUUGAGGAACAUGCUGAAUCAAGAAUAAAAUAUGAAGAUGCACCUUAUGUUGUUGAAGUUAUUGUUCCAUGUGUUUGUUCUUAUUUAUCACAUUGGUGGUCAAUUGGUGGAGCACAAAAAGUCAAACAACCAACUGAGCUAAAAGUAACAAAUGUUACAGCAUAUCAUAUGAAUUCGGUAUUGGGUAGUAUUUUAAAAUUAAUUAAUAAUAAUAUUGAUGCAAUUGAAGCUCCAUGGAUGAAACGUAUUGCUGUGUAUACUAAUGCAAUUAUAUUUAAUUCUUCAACGAACCUUCUCGAACCAUACUUUUUACCGUUAUCAAAAGGUUUAAAAAUAAAAUGUGAAGAUGUUUAUUCACAAGAACAAUCAUUGAAACAUGCAAAUCGUUUAGAAUCAUGUGAUCGUGAAGAUCUUGAAUCGAAUUUAGCUAAAAAUUAUGAGAUAUUGGUUCGUGAUGUUUAUGCAUUUGUACCAUUAUUAAUAAAAUAUGUUGAUAUUCAUCGAUCCUAUUGGCUUAAAAAUAGUGAUAUUCAUGCUGAACAAUUAUUUAAUAAUAUGGCUGAAAUCUUUUCUAUUUGGUGUAAAUCAAAAUUUUUUAAACGUGAAGAAAUUAAUUUUGUCAGUCAAAAUAAUAUAGAUAAUACUAGUAUGUUAAUGCCAAGUGGAACAAAACAGACGACAGAAACAUUAGGAAUGAAAACUCAAAAUGAUAUUAGUGGAAAACAAAAACGAAAAAAACGUCGAGUUGAUAAAGAAAAAUUUACAUCAUUAACGAAUGCUUGUAUUAAACGUUUAUUACCUAUUGGAAUAAAUACAUUUGGUGGACGAGAACAAGAACUUAUUCAAUUAGCCAAACAUAAAAUGAUUGACAUGAAACUUAAUCAAUUCGAAAAAAUUGAAAAUCCAACAGAAGAUCAAAUGCUUUUGGAAUUAACGAGUGAUGAAGAGGAAGCUUUAGAAGAAUUUCUUCGAGAUAUUUUUCAUGCUCAAGAACAGGGUGAAGUAAUUAAUAAAAAUAAUUGGCAGAGUGCGUUAUAUCGAAAGAUUGGUUCAAAAUCUUAUUAUACAGAAUCCAUUGAUUCUCAUGAAACAUCAAUAAAAAAUAUGUUAAAAAUGGCUAAAGUACUUUUUAAUUUAAAUUUUGUUGAUCAUCCACCAGCACAUCGUCGUAGUACAUGGCGAAAACUUGUUUCAACUCAACGUAAAAAAGCUAUAAUGGCUUGUUUUCGUAUGGCACCAUUACAUUCAGUAAUACGACAUCGAGCAAUGAAUAUGUUUUUACGUGCUUAUCGAGAAUUGUGGCUUGAAGCUGAGGAAGAUAGACGAUCACGUUUAAUUGAAAAUCUUUGUGAGGAUAAUCAUGAAAUUAAUGAACAAGAAAUAACAGUAAUUAAAGAAGAAACUAAAACAGAAAAUGAAACAUUGACAUUAACAAUGACAAUUAAACCAGAUCCAUUAAGACAAUUAUUAUUAUGUUUAAAUCGUUCUGCAACUACAGCUCAAGUUUCAUCGAUUAACGAAGAUACUCUUCAUUUAUCAUAUUCAGCAAUAAUGAGUAAAAGCUGUGCUAUUACUGAAGAUGAUGAUGAUAAUGGAGUGGAAGAAAUUAAAUCAUUUCAAGAACAAGAAAUGGAAAAACAAAAAUUACUUUAUGAACAAAAUCGUUUAGCAAAUCGAGGUGCUGCUGAAACAGUCUUAUUAUAUAUAAGUGCAAGCAAAGGUGAAAAUAAUGAAAUGCUUCAACGAACAUUACAACUUGGUAUAUCAUUAUUACAUGGUGGAAAUCUAGAAGUUCAAAAACGAAUGUUAGAUUAUUUAAAAGAAACAAAAGAUGUUGGAUGUUUUACAUCCUUAGCAACAUUAAUGGCUAAUUGUAGUGUACUUGAUCUUGAUACAUUUGAACGUUGUAUUAAAGCAGAAGUACUUGGUGUUGGUUCAGAAGGAAUGGCUGGAGAAAAAAAUUUACAUGAUGCUGAUUUUACAAUUUCAUUAUUUCGUUUUUGUCAAUUGUUAUGUGAAGGACAUAAUCUUGAAUUUCAAAAUUAUCUUCGAUCACAACCAGGAAGUAAUACAAAUGUUAAUAUUAUUAUUUGUACUGUUGAUUAUUUACUGAGUUUACAAGAAUCAUUAAUGGAUUUCUAUUGGCAUUAUUCUGGCAAAGGAACAGUUGAUGCACAUGGAAAAGAAAAUUUUUGUCGAGCUAUUAAUGUUGCUAAACAAGUUUUUAAUACAUUAACAGAAUAUAUUCAGGGUCCAUGUCCACAAAAUCAAUUAGCAUUGGCUAACAGUCGAUUAUGGGAUGCUAUAGCUGGAUUUCUCUAUAUUUUUGCACAUAUGCAAAGAAAAUUAUCACAAGAUCCAUCACAAAUUGAAUUAUUACGUGAAUUAAUAAAAUUGCAAAAAGAUAUGAUUAUUUUAUUAUUAUCCAUGCUUGAAGGAAAUGUUCUUAAUGGUCCAAUUGGUAAACAAAUGGUUGAUACAUUGAUUGAAUCUCAGUCAAAUGUUGAAUUAUUAUUACAAUUUAUUGAUAUAUUUCUUAAAAUGAAAGGUUUAACAACAUCGGAAGCAUUUCAAGAAUUUGAUGCUAAUAAAGAUGGAUUUAUUUCUCCAAAAGAAUUUCGUCGUGCUAUGGAAGCACAAAAAAUGUUUACAAAUCAAGAUAUUGAUUAUAUAUUAAUGUGUGUUGAUGUAAAUCAAGAUGGAAAAAUUGAUUUUAUGGAAUUUACUGAACGUUUUCAUAAUCCAGCGAAAGAUAUAGGUUUUAAUAUGGCUGUAUUAUUAAUAAAUUUAUCUGAACAUAUGCCACAUGAUUUACGUUUACAACGUUUAAUGGAUAAAGCAAAAAGUUUUCUAUCCUAUUUUCAAGAAUUUCUUGGUAGAAUUGAAAUUAAAGGUGGUGCUGGCUAUAUUGAACGUGUUUAUUUCGAAAUAACUGAAUCAAAUAUUGAACAAUGGAAUAGCCCACAUAUUAAAGAAUCGAAAAAAGCAUUUUUACAUUUAGCAGUCAAUGAAACUGAUGAUAAACAAAAAUUAGAAAAAUUCAUUAAUUUUUGUGAAGAUACAAUUUUUGAAAUGCAACAUGCAAUUGCGCUUAGUGGUGAAGAUGACGAACAAGCAUCUGAAAUGACAUCAUUAUCUAUUAAUGAAUCUAAUAUCAUGCAACCCACUAUAUCUGAUCCUAUUAAAUCAACCUUUACACAUACAUGGUCCGGUAUAAAAUAUCUCUUUCAUUUAUUUCAUCCAUCAACAAUUUAUAAUGCUUGUCAACAAUUCCAACAAAUGGCAUUUAAAGAGAUGAUUAAAAAUCUUAUAUUCUUGUUCAUUAGAUCUACACGUUUGUUUUUUACGGUCAUGUUUUUUACCUUUAGAACAUUGACAUAUUGUAUCUACACUUUAAUGGCUGGAGAUGAACUACAAGAAAGAAAACCAAUGGAAAGAACUAAUUUAACUCCACCAACAAAACGUCGUGAUUAUCGUUUAUCAUCGGUUAAUAUACUGCAUAAUGGUUUUAAUACUAGUGAAGAUUCAACAUCAGCUAAUACACAUGGAAUUGAUCAUAGUUAUGAUACAAAAUCAAAUCAUAGGAUGUCUUUAAUUAAUCAACAAGGUAAUUUGGUUAAUGUUGAUGACACACGAAUAUUUGAUUCUCAGCAACAAUCUUUAUUUGUUAAUACUAUUGAUUCAUCUAAACAACAAAAUUUACCAUCAUCAGUUAUCACAACAGCACAUUUAACACCGGUACAUUAUCGUAAUCAAAAUCAAUAUUCAAUAACAGCUUCUGUACCACAUCAACCACAUUUAAAUACAACAAUAAAUCUAUCACAAAAUUUAAUAGAAAAAUCUAAACAUGCAUUUGAAGUUAAUAUUCAAGCGGAAUAUCACCAGAAAGGAUCAUCGAGUAAUAUUAAUUCAGCAAUAGUUGAAGACGAGGAAAUUAUUCAUUCAGAAACACGAGUACGAACUGAUUAUGGAAAAAAAGCUCUGGCAUUGGUGGCAAGAAAUUAUCAUCUAUUAAAAUUUAUCGCACUUUGUCUUGCUUUUGUCAUCAAUUUUCUUAUGUUAUUCUAUAAGGCAAUACCAACACCAUCUACAGCAGCUGGUGAGGCUAUACCAUCCGAUGUAGUAGAACAUUUUGAUAAUGAUGAUAAUGAAAUAAUAAUGAUUGAUCCGUCAAAACAUUAUAUGAUAUAUCUGUUAAAAACUAGUGCAUUUUUACAUUCAUCAAUUGCAUUUUUAAUGAUGAUUAGUUAUUAUAAAUUAAAAGUUCCAUUAGUUAUAUUUAAACGUGAAAAAGAAAUUGCAAGAAAAUUAGAAUUUGAAGGUGCUUGGUUAAUUGAUCAACCAAGUGGAGAUAAUUCUUGGUUAUUAUCUUAUUUAUCACGUGAAUGGCAUAAACUUGUUAUAAGUUCAAAAUCAUUUCCGAAUUAUUAUUGGGAUAAAUUUGUUAAGAAAAAAGUUCGAAAUAAAUAUUCCGAUCAAUUUGAUUAUAAUGAAUUAAAUCGAUUUUUGGGUAUGGAAAAAACUGAUACACCUGGAAAAUUUGAAAUUGUUAAAACAAUAGAAACUGGUUUAUGGGGAAAAAUUAAAUCAAUUGAUAUGCGUUAUCAAAUUUGGAAAUGGGGUAUUAUUUUUACGGAUAAUUCAUUUCUUUACGUCUUCUUCUAUUUUUCAUUCUCUGUCAUUGGAAAUUAUGCAUUUUUUGUUUUCGCAAUACAUUUACUUGAUGUCGCAAUCAGCGUUAAAGCUUUAAGUACAAUAUUAAAAUCAAUCACGCACAACGGUCGACAGUUGCUUCUAACAAUUAUGUUAAUGGCUGUUGUUGUUUAUCUUUAUACAGUUAUUGCAUUUAAUUUUUUUCGUAAAUUUUAUACAAAAGAAGAAGAUGAACAACGGGAAGAAAAUUGUAAAGACAUGUUUACUUGUUUUAAAUUUCAUCUAUAUUCUGGUAUUCGAGCUGGUGGUGGUAUUGGCGAUGAACUUGAAUCACCAAAUGGUGACCCACUGGAAUUAUACCGAAUUAUAUUUGAUAUUACGUUCUUCUUCUUCAUUAUCGUUAUUCUACUUGCUAUUAUUCAAGGUUUAAUUAUUGAUGCUUUUGGUGAUCUUCGUGAGCAACUUGAUUCAGUAAAAGAAACACUUGAGUCAAAAUGUUUUAUUUGUGGGAUUGGCCAAGAAUAUUUUGAUAAGGAACCACAUGGUUUUGAAACUCACACAACAGUAGAACAUAAUUUUGCAAAUUAUUUGUUCUUCUUAACACAUCUUCUCAAUAAACCUGAUACAGAACAUACUGGACAAGAAAGUUAUGUUUGGGAUAUGUAUCAAUGUCGUAAAUGGGAUUUUUUUCCUAUUGGUGAUUGUUUUCGACGACAAUAUGAAACGGGUAAUAGUAGUGGAACAACUACUGAAAGUUAA